AUGUACUUGAAAAUGGUGUGAACUAUGAACUCAGAAGUUGAACUUUAUUUUCAAUUUUUAAAUUACUGAUUCUUCUAAAUUUUAUAUGAAAUAAAACAUGCGACUGGUACUUAUUUUUCGUUAAAAUUUGUGAUCAGGUGACUGAAAAUGAUAUUGUGUGCGAAUGUUGUCGUUCGUGCGGUAUGUAGUGAUAUGUAAAUAUGGCUUGCUACAAUGCCGGCAAUAAAAUUGAUUCAAAAAAUUUUAUAGAUUUAGACAACGAAUAUCACAUUGUUGAUGAUUUAUCCAUAGUACCGCUAGCAAAAGAUACUUUUGCCAUAUGUGAAUUGUGUGGUAGGAUUGGCAAAAGAGGUCAAUUUUAUUCAAGAAAUAACAAAGUCUGCUCUUUGAGAUGUCAUAUAAGUAGCACAAGGAAAAAGCACUGUAACUGGAGAUUUAGGCUAAUGGAAGGUGCUGAACAUAUGGCAGGACUCAUUCCUCUAGAACCUCUACCACAACUUCAGCAUUGGCAAGUUACCUACAAUGAUUUGCAAGCUGGACCAAUCAAGCAAUCUGCUGCUUUAAUAGCAAAUAGUUAUGAAUGGAAUGAUGAACUAUUUGGAUGUGAUUUUCUCGCGGCUCCUGUAAGUUUGUUUAAACAUGCCCCGCUCCAUGAGAUGUGGGAUAGUACUUUUGAAGGGAUGAAAGUUGAAGUAAAGAACACAGAUACUGAUAAUCCAAUGGAAAAAACUAACGACUUUUUUUGGGUGGCAACAGUUUUGAAGGUAAAAGGAUACAUGGGGCUUCUAAGGUAUGAGGGUUUUGGCAGUGAUGAUUCAAAGGACUUCUGGGUCAACCUUUGUUGCUCAGAAGUACAUCCAGUUGGGUGGUGUGCAACAAGGGGGAAACCUCUGAUACCUCCGAGGACUAUUGAAGAUAAAUAUACAGAUUGGAAAAAGUUCCUUGUCAAACAAUUAACUGGCGCAAGAACAUUGCCAGCAAAUUUUUAUACAAAACUUCAUGAUAGUUUAGCAUCUAGGUUUUCUGUCGGUUCUGUGAUGGAAGUAGUGGAUAAGAAUAGGAUAUCACAAGUAAAGGUAGCUAGUGUUUGUGAAAUAAUAGGUAAACGAUUGCACGUAAAAUAUUACGAUAGUUCACCGGAAGAUAACGGUUUUUGGUGUCAUGAAGAUUCACCACUUAUACACCCUGUUGGAUGGGCGUUCAGAAUCGGCCACCCCUUGGAAGCACCACAGAGUUACUGCCAGCGAGUUGCUACCGGCAGACUUUUACCGAAUGACACAAUACCAGAUAUGUUUUACAAGUACCCUGCUAAUGAGCCACCAUUAUUCGCUGAGGGCAUGAAACUGGAAGCAAUAGACCCUUUGAACUUAUCAGCUGUAUGCGCGGCUACGGUGAUGCAGAUAUUGAAUGAGGGUUAUAUGAUGAUACGUAUUGACUGCUAUCCCGCUGAUGCCUCCGGAGCGGACUGGUUUUGCUACCACCAGCGUUCACCAUGCAUAUUUCCUGUUGGGUUCGCUCUGGCGAAUAACAUUCCAUUGGUACCACCGUCGGGAUACACAGCAGAUCAGUUUAAUUGGGAGGAGUAUUUGAAGACAAGCGGCGCUCCACCAGCGGGGCGGGGCCUAUUCGCAGCGCGCGGCCACGUGGUGUCGCACGGAUUCGUGGCGGGCAUGAGACUGGAGUGCGCCGACCUCAUGGACCCCAGGCUCGUGUGUGUCGCUACUGUAGCUAGAGUUGUCUCCGACUUGCUGAAGGUACACUUCGACGGCUGGGGCUCGGAAUAUGACCAGUGGCUGUGGGCGCACAGUACGGACAUGUAUCCGGUGGGGUGGUGCCGCGCGGUCAGACAUCGGCUGGAGGGACCCCUGCAGCCACCAGCGGCGCCCAGGACCACGCGCAAGAACCAAGCCAAACAAAGUAGACGAAGACGCAGACAUGUUGCCAAGACCGUGACUCUGCGACCGCCUAAUACAACUGAGGAAAGUUCUCAAAACUCGGAGACGGGUGACACCAAGAGUCUUUCUGAAAAUGGAGAGACCAAGAGCCUCUCACCACCGACCAGCGUGUCGGAGAUGUCGGCGGACGUGGAGCAGCGACCUGACGCUGACGAACCCCAGAGUGAGGUGAAGAUGGAGGUGGAACCAGAAACUCCGCCGAGUGAGGUCAAAACCGAGGAAACCAUCGAACAACCCAUUGAAGAAUCAGCUGAAACCACCCCCAUAGAUGUGCCGGCUGAAAAUUUUCCAAGCGAACAAAUAUAUAAAGCAGAAUCAGAAGACACUCCCAUGCUGCCUGCAGACGAUACAGAUAGUUCCGGUGAUAAGCUGAUACCAAGGCUAGUGAAUACUACAGUGUCUCUAGAUAUUCUUAACUCACUCGACCCCGAAAACUGGACCACAGCAGAUGUUGAGAAAUUCCUCACAGUGAACGAUUGUCAACCUUACUGCAUCAAUUUUGCGCAUAUCGAUGGCCCAAUGAUGCUUCAGCUAACAAAAGAUGAGAUCAUAGAACUGCUGGAGAUGAAGGUAGGACCGUCUUUAAAAAUAUUCGACCUUAUACAGCAACUGAGAUGUAAAAUAAAACAGCCGCAGUGCAGAUUGCUUGGUAGCUUUAAGUAGUUUUCACUGUUUUGUUAUCAUUAUUGUAGUAAGUAUUUGUAUGUUUGCAAUGGCUAGCUCAUCGAAUAAGCAUUUUCUAUCUUUCACAAGUGUUGGUUGAAUAACGGCUAAUAAUAAAUGAAAAGCAACCAUUUUUCUGUUUUAGUUUAUUUGUGCGGUAAUUUUAUAUAUAACAUAUUUUUGGCAUUAAUUUAUUGAAAAUGACGGUACUGCGAAAUAGUGCUCCUGUAUACAACAGUAGAAUGUAAUAAUGAAUUUAAUAAUCCUUUAAAAUAAAUUAUGUAUUUUUAAAUAUUUAAGAUUGUGAUACCAUAGAAUUUAUAAGAAUAAAUCAGCAUGUUCUUUUUAGUUU